GGAAAUCUAUACACACACGUACCUGGGAAACAUCUUGUUUAUGAAUAUGUGGAGUUGUCUUCGUGUUUAAAUACCAAAUUUUCAACCAGUUCCAUCCAGAAUUGUGCGGCCCAAGAAGUUCAUAUUUCAUUUUGAAUAUAUCUGUAGGAGUUCAAGCCUCAUCAGUGAUACGGCACAAAACCAUAGCAUUUGUGUUAUCAUUUUUAAAAAAAGUAAAAUCACCAUGUCAAAAACAGGUACGGAGAGAAUCGACAGCGUGUUCCGUACGAGAUCGCUUGGUAUCCCUGCAGAGGGUAUUCGCGAUCAGUAUGCGGAUGGCAAGGCAGCUAAGGUAUGGGAAUGUUACAUCGGUACAAAAUCUGGACGUAUAGACUACUACAAGGACUGGAUUGUUGAAUUGCUCAAGAGCAAGAACUGCAAGUCAAUCCUUGAUGUUGCAUGUGGAACCGGGAUAGAUUCGAUCAUGCUACUAGAGUCUGGGUUUAUGGUGACAAGCUGCGAUGCGUCUGACAAGAUGAUAAUGCACGCUUUUAAAGAAAGAUGGGCACGCAGAAAGGAAGAGGCAUUUGAUCAAUGGGAAAUUGACAUUGCUAACUGGCUGACCCUACCAGAUGACAUCGAUAGUGAAAAUGGAUUUGAUUGUGUUAUCUGCCUCGGCAAUUCCUUUGCUCAUCUUCCCGAUUUUGAUGGUGAUUUAAGGAACAUCAGAAAGGCUCUGAAAAACUUUGCAUACAUGGUGAAACCAGGUGGAAUUAUGAUCAUAGAUCACCGCAACUACGAUGCCAUACUAGACACAGGCCGUGCUCCUGUUAAAAAUAUAUAUUAUCAGGGUAAUUGCGUAAAUGAUAUACAGACGUCUGUGUUAUACGUGAAUGGUAAAUCAACGAUGGUGACGCUGGAUUACUUCAUUGAUAUUGACAAAGCUCAGGAACAGUCUCUUGCUGAAUCUUCUAGAAAGCGACCAAAGUUAGAAAAGAAAGCAGAAGAGGAGUCCAUCUACAAGUUCCGGUUGUCAUAUUACCCCCACCGACUGAAAACCUUCUCGGAUUUGCUGAUAGAAGCAUUUGGCAGCGGUUGUAAGCAUACAGUUUAUGGAGACUACAAGCCAUUGAAUGAAGUGGAGGUGCCUGCGUACUACAUUCAUGUUAUAGAAAAGCCAGCAGCCUAAGUUUCACUUGUGCCUGUCAGGGUGUAUAUUGGACAGUUUUGGAGGGGGGGGGGGUUGGUAUAUUUUAGGUCAUAAAAAAUGCCAUAACUUUUACAGAUUCACAAAUUGAAACAGAAUUAUAUUUUCCAAAGCCUUCAAAGAAAUGUUAUUGUUACAACUUACUUAGCAGUGUUUUACGCCCAUGGCCUAUGGUCAUGUAGCGAUAUAAAAUGACCAAAAGUCUGUAUGGUAUGGGAGUAUGAUGCUUGUAGUAUAAAGUACUACAAAAAUAAAACCAGUGUGGAAAAUCAUGUUCAGUGCAAUGCACUGCACAUAUAAAUCUUUAAAAGAAUAAAGAUUUUUCUAGAUGAU